GAAAGGUGAAGGAAGAGUCAGUUCGCAGCCAACCCAGCUCCCGUCCAGCACGCCCGCCCGCCCGCCAUGGUGAAGAUCGUGACCGUGAAAACCAAACCCUACCUCGACCAGAAGCCGGGCACUAGUGGCCUCCGGAAGCGAGUCAAGGUUUUCCAAGGCAAUGCCAACUACGCCGAGAAUUUCAUCCAGAGCAUUAUCUCCACCAUCGAACCGGCUGAGCGGCAGGGAGCCACUCUGGUGGUGGGGGGCGACGGGCGGGUUUUCAUGGAGGAGGCGGUCCAGCUGAUCCUCCGGAUUGCCGCCGCCAAUGGGAUUGGCCGGUUAGUAAUUGGACAGAAUGGAAUUCUUUCUACCCCUGCAGUGUCCUGUAUUAUUAGGAAAAUAAAAGCCAUCGGUGGUAUAAUUUUGACAGCAAGUCAUAACCCUGGUGGACCGAAUGGAGAUUUUGGCAUUAAAUUCAAUAUUUCAAAUGGAGGUCCUGCUCCUGAAGGUAUUACUGAUAAAAUUUUCCAAAUUAGCAAGACUAUUGAAGAGUAUGCUAUAUGUCCAGAUCUAAACGUAGACCUCAGUACUAUUGGAAAGCAGCAGUUUGACUUGGAGAACAAGUUUAAACCAUUUACAGUUGAAAUUGUGGACUCUGUAGAAGCUUAUGCAAAUAUGUUGAGGAAUAUUUUUGAUUUUAGUGCACUGAAAGAACUAUUGUCAGGUCAAAACCAUCUAAAGAUUCGGAUAGAUGCUAUGCAUGGAGUUGUUGGGCCAUAUGUAAAAAAGAUUCUCUGUGAAGAACUUGGAGCACCAGCUAAUUCUGCUGUGAAUUGCAUACCUCUUGAAGACUUUGGUGGCCAUCAUCCUGAUCCAAAUUUAACCUAUGCUGCUGAUCUGGUGCAGACCAUGAAGACAGGAGAGUAUGAUUUUGGUGCAGCCUUUGAUGGAGACGGGGAUCGCAACAUGAUACUUGGAAAACAUGGGUUCUUUGUUAAUCCUUCAGACUCGGUUGCUGUUAUUGCUGCAAAUAUUUUUAGUAUUCCUUAUUUUCAACAAACGGGGGUUCGAGGAUUUGCCCGAAGUAUGCCUACGAGUGGAGCAAUUGACAGGGUGGCCAAAGCUACAAAGAUUGCUUUAUAUGAAACUCCAACAGGUUGGAAGUUCUUUGGAAAUCUGAUGGAUGCAAACAAACUCUCUCUGUGUGGAGAGGAGAGUUUUGGUACUGGAUCAGAUCAUAUCCGUGAAAAAGAUGGCCUCUGGGCUGUCUUGGCAUGGUUGUCAAUUAUAGCUGUCCGAAAACAGAGUGUGGAAUCGAUCCUGAAAGAUCACUGGCAACAAUAUGGGCGGAAUUUCUUCACAAGAUAUGAUUAUGAAGAGGUGGAUGCUGACAGUGCUAACCAGAUGAUGAAAGAUCUAGAGACGCUGUUCUUUGACCGGUCCUUUGUGGGGAAGCAGCUAUCAGCUGGUGACAAAUCAUACAUUGUGGAAAAAGCAGAUAAUUUUGAAUACAGUGAUCCUGUGGAUGGAAGCAUCUCCAGGAAUCAGGGUUUGAGGCUCAUCUUUGCUGACGGUUCUCGCAUCAUUUUCAGACUUAGUGGCACAGGAAGUGCUGGAGCCACUGUGCGACUAUAUAUUGAUAGCUAUGAAAAAGAUGCACCAAAAAUAUAUGAGGAUCCGCAGGUCAUGUUGGCUCCCCUCAUCUCUAUUGCACUGAACCUGUCCCAGCUUCAUGACAGAACUGGCCGCACCGGCCCCACCGUCAUUACAUAAUGUAACACUUGAAGCCAUCUGAAUAGAAACGCUUUGGGUAUCUGGCUGCUCCCCAUCGGAAUUAGCUACUCUUACCUGCCGUGAUCAAUUGUCUCCAUCCCCCCUAAAUGUUAACACUGUAUUCAAAAGCAUUACAAAGUGAUAAAAGGGUAGACAUAUUACAAGUUUACACUAUGUGUAUGCUGAUAUACAUUGUCUUUUUAAUGUUUCUACUACUAGUCUAUGCUGCCUUUUGAUUUAAGCGACCAUGGAAAAGAUGACUAUAGAAAAACAGCAGGACUAAAUAGCAAUACAGUGGUACCUCGGUUCACGAACGCUUCUGUUCAUGAACAAUUCGGUUCACGAACAGCUCCGUUCGCAAAAUUUUGCCUCCG